AUGUCACCUUCAGGAAUGCUUAAACUUUGCAUACUAAUGGCUUCCUUCAUCUUGGAAGCCUCAGCAGCUUGUAACUUCUACAGGGAUGUCAAGAUCAAUUUUGGCGAUGGAAGAGCUAAGAUAGAUAAAUCAGGCCAGCUUCUCACACUGUCUCUUGACAAAUUAUCUGGUUCUGGUUUUGAAUCCGAAUAUGAAUAUAUCUUCGGUAGAUUCGACAUGCCAAUCAGACUUGUACCUGGGAAUUCAGCUGGCACAGUCACCACAUUCUUUUUAUCUUCUCAAGGCGAAAGGCAUGAUGAGAUUGAUUUUGAGUUCCUAGGUAAUGCAUCUGGGCAACCAUAUACCCUUCACACCAAUGUUUAUGCACAAGGAAAAGGAAACAGGGAACAACAAUUCCGUCUCUGGUUCGAUCCAACAGCAGCCUUCCACACUUACUCUAUAGUUUGGAACCCCCGGAGGAUUAUUUUCUUGGUAGAUGGUAGUCCCAUCAGAGUAUUCAACAACGAUGAAGGAGCUGGCAUUCCAUUCCCAAAGAACCAGCCCAUGAAGGUUUACUGCAGCUUAUGGAAUGCAGAUGAUUGGGCAACACAAGGUGGACGGAUCAAAACAGAUUGGACACUAGCCCCUUUUUUGGCCUCCUAUAGAAACUUCAACCCUGAUGCUUGUGUAUGGUCAGCAUCAACCGGUUCAUCAUGUGCUUCCAGAUCCCCUGAUUCUGUCAAUACACAAGCAUGGCAAACUCAAGGACUUGAUGCUAAGGGAAGAAACAGAAUGCGAUGGGUCCAAUCCAAGUUCAUGAUCUAUGAUUAUUGCAAUGAUUCCACAAGGUUUAAUGGACGUUUUCCUGCAGAAUGUAGGCGUUCAAGGUUUCUUUAG